GUGUGUGUGUGUGUGUGUGUGUGUGAAUAAACGCGUAUGCGUGACAUGUGAAGGCACGUGUACGCACACACACGCGCGUACACGUAAUCACAAUGACGAAGACAUUAGUUAUUUGUCACACAGUGUAUGUAUAUAAGUGCGACGAUUGCAAUAGUAGCGGGGCAGUCUUCGCUCGCUUUUAGUGCGGUAAUCACCUUCUUGUAACGUCGGACGUGAAUUGUCGCUUUCGCGCGCGUCGUCGUCGUCGUCGUCGUCGUCGUCCGAACCGCCCUGCGCAUCGAAUCGGAGCUUCUUCUCCCCUUCUCGUCCUGCUGCUCUUCAGUUCCUCCUCGCGAUGGUGGACUCUGUGUUUCGUACGCGUUCCCUCGGCACGCCGGCUGAAGGUGUGAAGGAUCAAUACGCAGACGGCAAGGCAGCGAAGGUCUGGGAGGUCUUCAUCGGUGACAAGAAGUUGCGUACGCAGAACUAUCGGGACUUCCUGGUGGGCCUGCUGCGGCAGAAGAAAUGCCGCCGAAUACUGGACGUCGCCUGCGGCACCGGCGUCGACUCCAUCAUGCUGCUGGAAGAAGGCUUCGAGGUCGUCAGCGUCGAUGCGUCCGAUAAGAUGCUGAAGUACGCGCUGAAAUCCAGAUGGGAUCGCAGGAAGGAGCCGGCCUUUGACAAAUGGGUGAUCGAGGAGGCGAACUGGCUAACCCUGUCCAACGAUAUCAGUCACCUCAUCGGCGAGGGCUUCGACGCGGUGAUAUGCCUGGGGAACAGCUUCGCCCACAUGCCCGAUUCUUUCGGCGACCAGAGAGAACAAAGGCUAGCCUUCUCGAACUUCGAGCGCUGCGUGAAGCCGGGCGGUUUGCUCCUCAUCGAUCACAGGAAUUAUGAUUACAUCAUCCGGACCGGCCAGACUCCUUCGAAAUGUAUAUAUUACAACAGUCAGCAUAUGACGGACAUCAAGACGUCGGUGCUCUACGUAUCCGGCAAGCCCACGAUCGUUACUCUGGAUUACAUGAUCUCCUUGGACAACGAGAACCCGGACAACCCCGAGUCCAUCAGCGAGUUCCGGCUGUCGUAUUAUCCUCACAGGCUAACAGUCUUCCGCGAUAUGCUGACCGAGGUGUUCGGCCACGGGGCGAAACACACCAUCUACGGGGACUUCAAGCCGCUCAAUCAGAUCGAGGACCCCGGCUUCUACAUCCACGUGCUGGAGAAGCAACGUUAGAGUCAGGUUGACCCGUGCGACCUGCGACGAUUCGCCUCCGGUGCGUUCACCGGACCGUCGCGCAGUGGGGCCAGAUGACACUUUUUGGUUCAAGAUUCUCUAGAGACCUGAAUUUCCAAUCGUCGACACCAAUGGAUGAGGUUGAUCCUGAACAAAUUCCAAAGAGAUCUGUCUAGCCGAAAUUUUGAAAAAAUUAUCGGUAAUCAAGGUAAACAUGGGUUCAGGGUUUGUCUGAAAAGUGUUUAUCGUUUAAAGUAACAGUGUCUUGGGUUCGACCUCAGUGGGUUCGAGCCCAGUGGCUAGAUUGGGUUCUUGGACUGUUUGGGGCUCUUAAUAUAUACGGUUUCAUGCAUCCACGAGCUAAAAAGUUCUCGGAUUGAUAGAUUCCUAGGUUGAUGGGCUUAAGACUCAAAAUCCCUCAGGUUUUGCGCUUAACAGGUCUAUAUUUUGGGCAUAUGAGUUUUGGGUUAAUGGUCUUCUGGUUCAAGAUCGAUAAAUCUCGAGGUGUCUGUUGAUUGGUUUCAUAGUUUCAAUCCGCUGAAUACGCUGAAUAUUAGAUAGAAAUAAGUGUCAAAUAAUGAGUGUUUCACAAGUUUCUCGCGCUUAACGAUAAUUUUUCGUCUUUUGGGGCCAGAAAUUCGUGAGAAAAAUGGUUUUUUAGAUUUUGCCAAGACAGAGGUCCCUUCGGAAUUUAUUCAGGAUCAACCUCAUCCGGUUGGUGUCGAUGAUCGGUUGGAAAUUCAGGUCUCUAGAGAAUUUUCAACCCAAGAAUGUCACAUGGCCCCACGAGUGCGUCGAAGCAAUUGGCUGCUGCUCGACGCGCAGAGUCAAUCUGCUCGGUCGUCGUGCAAAAGAUUUCUUUCCUUUUUUCAUCAAACGAGCGAAGAAGAUUAGUUUUAAUGUAUAUGUGUAGUACGCUGGGCUCCAAAACGGCUUGAACGGCUUUAUUUUCCGGUGAAGUUAGAAACACUUCAAGUGUCACAAUUGCAAGCCGUUGCUGACGAGCUUGAGCAGUAAUCGGUCACGACAGUAGAGCCAAAUGGUGACAGUAAGUGACAAUAUUAAUCCUAUCCGUAAAAAUGAAGAUUCCUAUGCCUUCCCGAAGUUCUCGGUUGCAGCUCGGUUGACGUUUGAAAAAUAUCGUCGCUUCGGUUGCUGUCGGAUUGCCUGUCGUUCACUCAGGCUCGCGAUCGUUCGUAGGUCCUAACGGUGUCUUCAACUUGAGCGAAAACAAUAAUCGUCUAAGCCGCUCUGCAGUCGUAUGUACAUACAUUAAGACUACUCACUCUGUACAGUAAAUUUUAUACUUGCAAAAUUGUCGAUAAGUGUUGAGAAUAAAUAUAGCGAAGAGAGAGA